CCUAAAAACAACAAUAACAAAUAGGAAUAAGAAAAUUCAUGUACCUAAACAAUUUUACCUAUCCCUAAACUCCCAACUCUUCAUCAUACCAAACGGCAACGAGUAUAUCUAUGAUUUAAAAGAAUUGCAAGAAGAUAACGGCGAAUGUGUCCCAGCCCUUCUACGAGGACAGCAAGCAGCAUGUGAUUUUGUAGCGAACCCAACAAAAUUCGAAAUUAUCCAUCUAGACAUGAUGCACAUUCUUAUCAACUCAGCCGUUGAAUUUACAAAAAAAACCACAUGCGGUCUAAAGAAGAGAAAUCUGACAGGCUCGUUUCUCCUGUCAUACAAAUCUUGUGAAAUAUAUCUGAAUCACCGCUGAAUCUCCCUAUCUCCCAAUCUCGAACAUCUUUAUUCAAUACAUGUGGAACUUAGGAAAGAGAUGCAUCAAAUUCGAUUAGAAUCGAAGAGCUUCACUUGGAACCGUUGGUCUAUAACCAGUUUAGCAAGUACACCGAUAAUGCUAUUGAUUGUUAUUUGUGUAUGCCUAAUCAUCAGCAAGCAAAAAAGAACAGUCAUAAACAUCCGAGGACAGCCUACUUCUAAAACUACAUCAGAUCAACCCCAACAAGAAAUCCAGACCGAUACCUUUAACCCGCCGACGAUGAUGGCAGUUUUUCGGACGGAGCCUUAA